AUGGCCUUUGUCGAAGAGGUCGACGUCCCCCCGCCCGUCCCGCGCAAAGCCCCAGCCAAACGCGGCUUGGCACCCGCCCUCAAGGCCUACCUCGUCCUCUACAACGUCCUCUCCGCGCUCGGCUGGGCGUACCUCCUCGCCCGCACCGCCGCGCUCGUCCUCGGCCUCGACGGCGCCGCCGCCCCGCCUCCGAGCGUCCCCACGGGCCCGCUCCAGCAGCGGCUGCAGGCGGCGCUCCCGCCCGCCCUCGCGGCGGCCGUGCGCCGCUCGCAGGGCGCGCACGCGGCGGUCGGGUGGGCGACGACGGUCGUGCAGAGCGCGGCGCUGCUCGAGGUCGCGCACGUCGUGCUGCGCUGGGUGCGCUCCCCGCUGCUCACGACGCUCAUGCAGGUCUCGAGCCGGCUCUACCUCGUGUGGGGGGUCACGUAUUUCUUCCCGCUGACGCACACGAACCCGCUGUACGCGUCGAUGGUGCUCUCCUGGUCGCUCACCGAGGUCGUCCGGUACUCGUUCUACGCCUGCGCGCUGCUCGGCACCGAGCCGCGCGCGCUCGUCGCCCUCCGCUACACGCUCUUCUACGUCCUCUACCCGACCGGCGCGUCCUCCGAGGCGCUCCUCAUCGGCGCGACGCUCCCGCCGCGCCUCGCCGGUGCGGACCCGCACGCCCUCGCCCGCUUCGCGCUCUUCCUCAUCUGGUGGCCGGGGCUGUAUGUGAUGUACACGCACAUGAUGCGGCAGAGGCGCAAGGUGUUCAGCGGGGGUCCCAAGACCAAACAGGCAUGA